AUUUUUCUGCGGCACUACUGAAAGUUUUUUUCGAUUAUAACAUAAAUUCACAUUUCAGAGUGAUUGUGGUCUGCGCUUUGCUCAACUUCGUGUGAGAAAAAGAUACGCAUUUUGAAAAUCAUGUAUACAUAUAAAAUGUUUUGAGGCUAUAAGGUAAAAAUGGUGCAAAUGGGUUAUCUAAAAUGGGUUACUUCGCAACAUCAGUUAAAUCGAGCGCCUAAAAUAGAAUAAGUAGUAUAGUAAGUGUAAUGUGUGGACUGUGACUUGCAGCGACAUUUCAAUAAUUUCUGAAUAUGGAAUAAGAAUAAAUCAGUGGUACCGUUUGGUGGCACUAUUAACGCUUAAGUGCGCUUCGGGUGGCGCGGUCUGCGCUGCACGCGGCGAACCCAGCGCAGGCACUUCCGAAAAGGCGGUGUCCGACCCGCCGCUCCUCCUAUGAGGUUCGGGCUCUCGGGGUUAAAGACCACAGAAGUGCCAGGCACGAGCAAGAUACGUGGCGCCUUUAUUGUUUUUGUUUUAAAUAUUUUUAUAGUCUUUUGCGCGUCCGGAGUCGUAUCAGUCAUUCGCCUGAUCUGGGGGUUAAGCGCGGCCCGCUAAGAGCAGAUAAGUGACGGGCGGUAUGUCCGGCUGGGCCCGGCGUGUCUGGCAGAGUCCCGCGUGUGAAGCAGCAUGAUGCUCCCGAUUUUGGACUUCUCUGGCCCUGGACAGCACUACAGAUACAUGGCACAACAGGGCUGCAGCCUGCAGUCUGAGUCGCUGAACCAUCCCGAAGAGAACGAUGAAACCUUGGGCGAGGAACCCCCUCCCAGUGCCGGGUCUGAGGCCCGUUCCCCCCCACAGAGCCUCUCCCCGGUCAGCGGCAGGAUGGCAGAUCGGCACCGUCUAGGCCAGGAGCCCGGAUAUAGGCCAAACCUGCUUCCCCUGGGCCUUCCUGUCAGCUACAGCCCCCCGACAACGUUUCCCGGUUGUCCGCACCCCACCCUCGACAGCAGGUGCUCUGAUGUCAGAGAUCCCAUCAGCCUGCCCUCCUGCCUGCUCUCCUCAGACUACCGCAGCUACUUGGGCUCCCAGGAAAAGUCACAGUCCCUGUCCUGUGGAAGUCUGGAGCAGCCGCACUCGUUAGUCUCAAACCCUCCGUGCCCUGGCCCAUACAGUUACCAUCCGCUCCGGCACCCCUGCGGGCCCCUCGGCCCAGCCUGCUGCCCCCAGGGUCCCGUGGCUCACCACCGGGCCUGGCCCCCUUUCAGGCUGCCCUACGGGCCUCCAGGUCCUAACCCCUGCGGGUGUCACAACACAGAUGUCUCACACAGCAUGUACCCACCUCCACAGCCCAGACAGAGGCUGACUCCCCCAGGUGCCCCCCUGUCCAUAGAGCAGCGGAAGGUGUUUGUCACGUACGAGGCUGACAACGACAAGCACGUUGACGAGAUAAUCAAGUUUGUGGCUUUAUUGCGACACAAUGGCUUCGACAUGCAUAUUGAUGUGUUUGAGCAGCAGUUCAGAAGCAUCAGCACAAUUGAUUUCAUGGAGAAGUACAUCAGCGAGAAGGACUACUUGAUCAUCAUAGUCAUCAGCCCCAAGUACUAUGAGACGGUGACGCACGGCCACGUCAGCAUGGAGGGAGACGAGAGGACCAUGAACACGGUCUACAUCCACAAGCAGUUGCAGAAUGAAUUCAUUCAGAAUGGCAGCCGGAACUUCCGCUUCAUCCCAAUCCUGUUUCCUGGAGCGAAAAAGUGCCACGUGCCCACCUGGCUUCAGAACACCCACGUGUACAGCUGGCCCAUGAACUGCGACGACAUCCUGCGCCGGCUGAUGCGCGUGGAGAAGUACAACCCCCCACCUAUUGGCGAGCUGCCCACCAUCAUUUCCAUCCCGCUCUAACGCUGCCACAGAGUCCUGCCUUGACCUUUGCUUCGGAGCACAUCGCCUCACAGGAAAGUCCCACGGUGCCCCCAACCCACAUGGGUGAACUUGCGGCUCUUGCCGGGCCCCGAGACUGGUCCACGUCACGGGUGGGACUUCACUUUCAGGCUCGUCACAGGAGUGGUGAUGCCUCCACCCACCGAGCUGUAAAGUUUAAACUCUAUCUCUAUGGCUUUUCCUACCCAGAUCUUGCUGUACAGACAAUUAAAGUUCUUUUGAUGCGA